UGAGUGUUGUUUGAAACAAACUGUCAAAAUAAGAAAUCUUCGUAGUUUUUAAAAAUACCUAUUUAUGGAAUAAAUGUAUCAAAACUGGAUAUUACCGAAGGAUAAAAUGCAAAGUACCAUCAAGGAGUUACUGGACGCCUUGGGAUGUAGUUUGGAUGCAGACACAGUAUUAGAUUAUAUACAAAACGACCCCAACUACGGCAAUAGCAAUUUGUCCACGAAACAAGUUAAUGAGUUUGCACAAAGGUUGGCGCUAAAAGCUUCCAAUGCCAAGAUCUUCCUCAAGAAAUAUGAAGAUUUGAGAAGCCGCAACACUGAUAACUUGGCAGAUAUUAUUGCUUUAUUUUAUAAAUUGGUGUGUGAUGAGAAGAAGUCCAAAUGCAGUAAACCAAAAGUUGCUCCCAAACCAAUUUUAGGUGACACUAAGCACCAAAUUACCAAAGAAGAUCUGCCACAGAUCAAAGAUAAAUUACUGAAAGCUGUGGAUGAGAGCAAAAAGCUUGUGAUGAAAUCUUUUGAGGAAAAAGAAGCCAAACUCCGUCCAAAUUGGUACAGCAGUUUGGAUCUUCCGAACUGGCAAAAGGAUCAUCCAGCUAUGUCAUGGGACUUCCCCAAAGAGCCAGUGCCCAUCAUAGCUUCUUUGUCUGGUGUACCAGUGGCAUCACAGGAGAAUAUAAUCAUAGAUGAGCUUUUGUAUGUGUUCUCUGGCAUUCCUGGCAACUACAUUGUCCACCAGCCAAUAAAAGAGACCUAUGAUGCCAGAACCUUCUUAAUAUCUGAAGACUUAGAUGAUGCUUUGAAGCAGAUUGUUCAGCAAAUGUUGCCACUGGCAUCCAACUAUUCCAUAGUGCGAAGAUUUAUAGAACAAUGUGAUAUGUGGUCUGGUCAGGUUCUACAUGCGUUAGUGGCAGCCAUUGAGAUACUACUGAAAGAUUAUUAUACAAUGCUAGCUCAGCUGGAAACUGAGCAUAUGUCAGCAAACCUUACUCUGCAGAAAUUAUGGUAUUUUGUCUUGCCCACCAUGCACACUAUGCAAGUACUUGCCGCCAUUGUAACAAGUAUUGGAAAGAGCGAGCUCCGCGGUGGAGCAGUACUGACAGUCCUACACGAUAAAACCAACACGCUCAUGGGCGACGGGCGGGCGCAAGAGAUAUCGCUGUUCCUCACCGAGCGAGCUUGCCGGCCCUACCUGAACAUCUUAGACCAGUGGAUACAUAAAGGAACUAUUGUGGACCCUUUUCAGGAAUUCAUGAUUGAAGACAAUGAGCUCAUAAACAAAGAAGAGCUCCCCGUGGAUUACUCUGCGGACUACUGGGAGAAACGCUACAGUGUGCAGAGGGAUAGAGUUCCAAAGUUCCUGGACAAGUUCACAGAUAUCAUACUUAGAACUGGAAAGUAUUUGAAUGUCAUCAGUCAAUGUGGGAAGCCUAUAACAAAAACCAACACAGAAGAAAUCAAAUAUUCACUCAGAGAACAAAACUACGGUGCCAUAAUACAAAAAGCCUACGCUUAUGCUAGUAAAUCGCUUCUAGAACUGUUACUCAAAGAGUAUGACUUGAUGGGCAGACUGAAGUCAGUCAAGAACUAUUUCCUGAUGAGUCAAGGAGACUUCAUUGUCCAAUUCAUGGAUGCAACUGAACAGGAGCUGUCUAAAAAGAUUGAUGACAUUAUACCUUCCAAGUUGGAAUCCCUUUUAGGGCUAUGUUUGAGGCUAUCUGCUGCUAGUCAUGACCCGUAUAACGAAGAUAUGAGAGUGGAGUUGCUUCCUUACGACUUGCAAUUCCAAAUGUUCAAAAUUUUAUCUAUUGAGACUGAGGAUGAAAAAGAGUACAAACAGAACAAAGACAGCCCGCCGCUGACCGGCAUCGAGACGUUCUCGUUCGGCAUGGAGGUGAAGUGGCCGGUGUCUCUCGUGCUCAACCACAAGGCCAUCGCCUGCUACCAGAUGAUAUUCCGGCACCUGUUCUACUGCAAGCACGUUGAGAGGCUGCUGUGCAGGGUGUGGUUAUACAACAAAGUGGUGAAGCGGUUCUCGGAGGCGCGGCUGUACGCGGACGCGUUCGCGCUGCGCCAGCGCAUGCUGAGCUGCGUGCAGCACGUGCAGUACUACAUGUGCGUGGAGGUGCUCGAGCCCUCCUGGUGCCAGCUCAUACAGAGCCUCGACAAGGUCAACAACGUGGAUGAGGUUCUGGAGAGGCACAACGACUUCCUCGAGUCCUGCCUCGGAGACUGCAUGCUGACCAGUCCUCAGCUUCUAAAGGCAGUCACUACGCUAUGCCUGGUCUGCGUCCAGUUCUGCACCUUCAUACAGGAGAUGCACAAGUACUUCGUGGACGCAGAGCUUAACAGUAUGCUUGGAUCUACGUAUGACAGUUCAGACUAUAGCGAGAGCCAAGGAUGCGGCGGCGCGACCAGUAGCGCGUCGGCCGACUCGUUCUCUCGUUCGGUCUCGCGCUACGGAUUGCGCUUCACGGCCGCGCUAUUGUCCGUACUCGCCAUCAUCGAGCGAAUGGCGCGCGACAACAACACCAACAAGCUGCUGAAUAUCUCUGCCAGGCUAAACUUCAACACGUACUACGUGAAGCAACUCGAAAAGUUCUGCUCCGACGACAAACUGCUCGAAAGCGAGAAGCGCGCGCCCGCUUCUUAGCGCCGCGCGCGCCGCCGCGUCACAGCCGUGUAGCGCGACGGUAACGUAUCGUGGCAUAGUCCAGACGCUUGUACACAAGGUAAACAAACUUGCACGACUCUGUAAUGGUUUUGUGAAGUGCCGUAAUUGGAAUUGUUGAGUCGAAGCAUUCAAAACAUUGUUUGUCGCCAUGUAACUUGUUCAUGAGACGUAGUACACGUUUACCCUCUUCAUUAGAAGCAACUGUGUAGUAUGAAAAUGUAUACCACUUAGAUAUUGGAAUAACUGAUAUAGUCGAAAUCCUUUGUAACGUUUUUUUCAUUCACGAUUGUUCGUAGAGGCAACCAUUUAUUUACUAAACUCACGUUGAGACGAUAUUUUUAUCAAUAAUCUCAAAAAAGUCUAAUCCAUUCCCAUUGAUGUAAUUUUAUUAAUUGGCUUUAAAUUAAUUAACUGAAACAACUACCUACUUACUCAUAAUUUUACUAAAGUAGUUAAAUAGGAUUUACAGAAUACGAAGAUGAUUUUCGUACAAUGAUUUUUAGUACAAAACUUUCAACAGCCACAACUAUCUUCUAUAUGUGGUGAUUUCUUGAAUUAAAUAUGUAAUUACUUUUUGUGCAGUAAAAUUCAAGUCAAAACAUAUACUCAUAGAAUAUCAUAAUAUGCAGACAGCAUAAUUUAAAUUUUAAAAAUAAAAUGUGAGAAAACACGUAGUUAUAGUAUAGCACAUUUAGCAUAGAUUUGUGGUCGGUUAAUGACGAUGCAUAUCGUUUUACUCAAAAAUGAAGUAUUAUCAAUGUGUCGCUAUAAUUAGGGGAAAUCGAAAUUAGAUUUUAUAGUAUAAUACAAAAUUUGAUCAACCAGUUCUACUUUUAGAAUUGCCAGUAAGUAGACUUGUACUAUAAAUAAAUUCGUAACUCAAAUAUGCAAAAAGUGCGUUUCAACGUUCUUUGUAAGCGCUGAUAAAUAAAUAACAGUAAUAAGUACAAAUUACCAUUAGACCAUUACUGCAAAGUAAACACAUAAAAUAGAUAUUAGAAUUAUUUUUUGUAAACUAUUCAAGUAUUCAAUUACCAUUGAAUACUUUCCAAUUAAAUUAAAAAAACCUAGUAUAAAACUGUCCAGUAUUUUUGAUAACAAGAUGCACUUUAUUCAAUAAUAUUAUUUGAAAUAGUCCUAAACAUAGUAACUACAAAAUCUCAUUCCUUGCCAUAACCUUAGAAAUAGUGUUUAAACGCCAUGACAUUGUAAUUUAAUUAAGUGUUGUUGAGUAAAAAUUGUACUGCACCUGGGUUAGGAUUCUUAAUAUGUAGAAAUUGAUGUUAGAAUAAUGUUGAUGUUGGAAUACUUAGCUAGCUUCUUGCAAACGAAUCUCAGUUUAAUGUGAAUGUGCCUCGCGUUACGAGUUGUUUAAAUUAAUUUGUUGUAUAAAAUUACGAGUUCAAUGCCUCUUUUAAUCCUUUCACUACCGUUCCUAAAUUAGAUUCGUUGAGUUCAAAUGUAACGAUACAAAUAUUUUCUACAGAGUAUUGUUGUUAUUUUUCAUGCUAAAAAUAUUGUUAACUUCCAGUAGUUUCAAACCAAUGCAAACGAUGAAAAAGAUUCAUUACUCCUACUUCGUACAAGCAAUAAAUUAUGAGCUUCCAGAUAAUUAUUUCCUUAUCACAAGAAUACUCUUCCACAGUUUCGUAAAAUAAUUAUGAUAAUGAUAUAGGUAUUAGACAAGAAUCUCAAGCUAACCCAGGUUUAUCCUAAAUAUUUCACGUUCGUGCAAGCAUUUUAGUCUAGAUUUAAAAUUUACAAUUGUUAUUGGUUGUGUAUGUUUUGUGCUAGUACUAGAUGUAGCAUUGUUGAUGCAGUGUGCCAUUUUGUUCCACCUAAAAGGGUCUAUUUUGAGUAUUAAUAUGUUGAACCGAUUCUUCCUACGUUUGUUUGUUGUUACAACAUCCCCACCUCUAUCGAAUUUUAACUAUUGAAAAUAUUGAAUUGAUCGUAUUGUUGUUACUUUUUGUGUAGUUAAAUGUGUCAUUUAUUAUGUUUCUCCUGAUUUGAAUGUCUCAACUACGCGAUGUCACAAUUUUAUUGCUAUGACUUGCUUGUUUUUAAUAUUCCUAAUGAUGAUAUUCUUAUAUUGUUUAACAAAUCUAUCUUAUCGUUAAUGUGCAAACAUGUCAUUUGGUUGUAAAUACCAUAAUUGUUAUUUUUAUCCCAAUAAACUACUAUCUUUAUAA